CAGUUUGGAAGCGCAGCGAUUUGCAGUCGUUUCGAUAGAACGUUGUUGGGCGGAUGCGUAGAAACGUUACAGAUUUUAACGGAAGUUAGAGUGGAAUCUGUACCGAAAAUUGCCUUUAUGGUGCUCUUGAAGUCAUAAGAUAAUUUUAAGAUCGCGGAGAAGAUGUCCACUAUUGAAGUUUUAGAACCCGCGGCGGUUAAAUUGGAAGUUAAAGACGAAGUUAAAGUGCAACUGCCAAACAGUAAAAAUUGUCCAAACAAAUUUGGAGGAAACCAUUCGAAGCGUAAAAAUAAACACGAUCGCUCUUCAAGGAAGCGGUCAAAGAGUUUCUCGGGAUGCGGCAUACUGAUGAACGCGAAACCAGUACUGCCGACGAAAUUCCUGCUCGGGGGCAACAUAAAUGACCCGUUAAACUUAAACAGUCUCCAGGACGAAGAAAUCAACAGGGCGAUGAACGCAGUAACGCCAAAGUCCUCCCCAGUACCCACCCCCCCCAGGAGAAAGAUGCCUAUCGAUGUGAUCAUACCUCCGAAUAUGCCCGAUCCACUGCAUUUGAUCGAUUGCGAAAACGAUGAGGAAUACGAGCAGCAACUCUGUUCUCCAGUAAAAAAGGGCCGGAAGAAACGUCUGAAGAAACGCAGAACGAUAUCCGCUUCGACCGAAUGUUUGGACGCGGAUGCCAGUGGGAAUUCUGAGGCUCGAACUCCAGAAGCCUCAACUGAUUCAGCAAAGAUUCCCGAGGAUCCUGUUUGUGCCGAUGUAAGACCGAAGACCUGCAGAAACCUGUUAAUCAAUUUAGGGAAAGAUAAAAAGGAGAGACCAAAGAGAAAAUCUGAAGAGGGUCCUCAUCCAGUAAAAAAGUUUAAGAAUUCAAUGGAUAAGAUUGUAAGUCCGGUCAUACCGCAACCAGGGGCGUGGCCAAAGAGAUCAAAUUCAGUAAAGUGGGCGAAACCACGACAAAACAAGAUCCGAGAUGAACAGAUGCCUAUUUUUAAGGAAAAGAACAAGAAGUUUCAGUAUGGGAACUACGAUAGGUAUUACGGUUACAGGAACCCUAACAAUGAAGUAGAUCACAGACUCAGAGUAUUUUCACAUCACCCAUACUUGUUUGAAAACAAAGAUAUUUUAGACAUAGGCUGUAACAUAGGUCAUGUUACAUUAUCCGUUGCUCGAGACUUCGGAGCCCGUAAUAUUACUGGCAUUGAUAUUGAUCCAAGAUUGAUAAACAUAGCAAGGAAGAAUGUCAAACAUUAUGUUAAAACAUCUGAAAAUUCUCCCAAUAAUACCCCGGAAGCAAAAAAUACUCAAAUAAAAAGUAGCAGUGAGUUUUUCCCUAUUUCUAUGCCUAUAUUAUACGGAACAAUUGACAUUCCAGGAUUUCACGAUACGCACAAAGGGCGGGGCUUCCCUAACAAUGUCACUUUUAAGCAGUGCAAUUAUGUUUUGGAAGAUGAGGGUCUUCUGGCUUUAGAACAACCUCAGUUUGAUGUGAUUUUGUGUCUGAGCAUCACAAAGUGGAUUCAUUUAAAUUGGGGCGAUAAUGGUCUUAAGCUUUGUUUCCGUAGGAUGUAUGAGCAGUUGAGACCGGGCGGAAAAUUGAUUCUGGAACCUCAAAAUUGGGCCAGCUACAAGAGCAAGAAAAAACUUACUGAAGUAAUCUAUAAGAACUACAACACAAUAGAAUUUUUCCCAGAUAAAUUUCGGGAGUACCUCUUGUCGCCGGCUGUUGGCUUUGCGAAGAGUGAAAUUCUGGGGUAUCCUCAGCACAAAACUGCAGGCUUCCGGCGAUCAAUUCAAGUUUUCACCAAAAGCACAAUGUUUCCCAGUGAGAGAGCAACUCCGAGUAACCCAACAAAUAGUGGAUCCUAUAGGGGAUUCACAGAUAAAUAUGAAUCUCAAAACAGUGAACUAAACAUCGAACACGUUUACACAAAUAUGCUCGAGGGUCGGUAUUGUGAGUGUUCCGAUGACACCAAUGAAAUUAAUAAACAAAUUUGUGAGAAUUUAAAUGAGGAAGCGAAAAUUAUGGAUUUGAAGUGUGGUCUAGGGGAUAGGACUGAGGGUACCUCUAACCUCAGCAAGAUUGAAGUUUCACAGAGUUCACAAAAUCGAUUGAUGGAUAAUACUUAAGCCGCCAAUUGUCGUAUGUUUUUGUACAAAUUGUUUAAAAGAUUGUUUUUAUCAAUUGUUAUUUAAUUUAUGUAAAUAUGAAAAAUUGCUUUAAAGGUAUUAAUAAUAAUAUAAGUGGAGUGUGAAGCUUUAGUUAAUAUUUAAAAGAUGUUUAUUCCUGUGACAGUAGAAAAACAA